CCUUACCCGAACAUUUUCUUCUAUCGUCGGCUCUACCAUGGCUGAAAUACACGACUCCUUCGAUACUAUCUUGAUUCUUGAUUUUGGCUCACAGUACAGCCAUCUUAUUACCCGAAGAUGUCGUGAACACAAUGUCUACGCUGAAUUAAUGCCUUGUACGGUGAAGAUUAGAGAUCUCGACUUCAAGCCCAAAGGUGUAAUAUUGUCUGGAUCACCAUAUUCUGUCUACGACAAGGAUUCGCCUCAUGUUGACCCGGCAGUAUUCGACCUCAGGGUUCCUGUCUUAGGCAUCUGUUAUGGAUUGCAGGAAAUGGCGUGGACCAUGAAGGGAAAAGUAGCGAAAUGCGAUCACCGAGAGUACGGAUUUGCCCAAAUUCAGAUCGCCAAGGCAGAAGAUGCGAAUUCGUCCGCCGGCACUCUAUUUGAGGGUCUAGGAGAUGAAAUGCAGGUAUGGAUGUCGCACGGUGACCAACUUACGGAAAUGCCACCCGAUUUCCACGUUAUUGGCCAUACGAGUACUGCUCCAUACGCCGCUAUCGCUCAUAAUUCUAAGCCAUUCUAUGGGAUCCAGUUCCAUCCGGAAGUCACUCAUUCCCUUCGCGGUAAACAAGUUAUUGGCCAAUUUAUCCUGCAAAUAUGCGGGUCUAGGCCUAACUGGACGAUGCAAGAAUUUAUCGGCAAGGAAAUCAACCGCAUUAGAGAAAUCUGCGGCUCUUCGGGUCGUGUAAUUGGCGCGGUUAGCGGUGGUGUGGAUAGCACUGUUGCCGCGAAGCUCAUGCAUGAAGCCAUCGGCGAUAGGUUUCAUGCGAUUAUGGUAGAUAACGGUGUUCUUCGCCUUGACGAGGCCGCCCAGGUUGAUGAGAUGCUGAACAAAAAUCUUGGCGUUAACCUCACAGUUGUUGACGCAUCCUCCCUUUUCCUUCAACGCUUGGAAGGAAUAGAGGAUCCCGAGAAAAAGCGCAAGAUCAUCGGCAACACUUUCAUCAAUGUCUUUGAGGAAGAAGCAGCGAAAAUUGAAGAUGUGAAGGUUGGGAAAGGGCGGGUGGAGUGGCUACUGCAAGGCACUCUGUAUCCCGAUGUCAUUGAGAGCAUUAGCUUCAAGGGACCUAGUGCUACGAUUAAGACGCACCACAACGUUGGGGGUCUCCUUAAGGACAUGAAGCUCAAGUUGAUUGAACCUCUCAGGGAGCUUUUCAAAGAUGAGGUCCGGGCUUUGGGGCGCUUAUUAUCUAUUCCUGCGCCGCUCGUCCAACGACAUCCUUUCCCUGGACCUGGACUGGCAAUACGAAUCCUCGGACCCGUCACACGCGAUCAGGUCAGGAUACUCCAACAAGCUGAUCACAUCUAUAUCGAAGAGAUUCGUAAAGCCGGGCUAUAUAAUGAGAUUGCUCAGGCGUUCGCCGUCUUAUUACCUGUCAGAGCCGUUGGAGUUAUGGGUGAUCAGAGAACCUACGAACAAGUCAUCGCCCUGCGCGCUGUGCAGUCCGAGGAUUUCAUGACUGCUGAUUGGUACGUUUUCCCAGCAGAGGUCCUUCGCCGGAUCUCGUCCCGUAUUACCAACGAAGUGCCAGGCAUUAAUCGUGUUACCUACGACAUCUCUUCAAAGCCACCGGCGACCGUUGAAUGGUUAUGAACCUCCUUUGGGUUUCGCGCGGACGGAUUCCGUAAUUAUACAUCACUCAUAUAGUGUAACCCCAUGUAGAUAGACAUUCCUAGGCGUACUGAGAUUGCAAGUGAUAGAAUACAACAACAAUAAGAUA